GGGAGGAGGGACCAUAGCACAGGCACAGAGAUGUGCCCCCAGCUUAUAGAAAGCGAGCGUACGAGUGACAGGACCGCGCAAAGGAACAAGCAUUUACAGUUUAAUUCCGACUCUCAGAAGCAAAACCGAAGAUCGCGCUCCUUUUGGGUUGACAGUUAAUCCGUGAGCUGGAGGAGAAGUAAAGGGGAAAAGUGAGGAGAUCGUUGACUCCACUUUCACUCCGGGAGCGAGGAGUGGCAAGCGAGAAGAUGAGGCACGAGAAAUCACGGCAAGAGCGCGCUUGAUGUUCAGUGCCAUGUCAAGAAGUGGGAGUCUGCGGGGCGCGCACUGAAGACAUGGCUCAGGCUAAAGGCCCUAAAGAUGGAGGAUCCGGUCAGAACCCUCGAACCCUUACAGGGGAGGGCGUGGCCUGGAAAGGACCCCGUACCGUGGUGCUGCAUAAGAACUCUCAGGGUUUCGGUUUCACGCUACGGCACUUCAUCGUCUAUCCACCGGAUUCUGCCCUCCAUACUAAUCUGAAGGAUGAGGAAAAUGGCAAUGGCAAAGGAGGUCAAAAGUCUCGCCUGGAGCCGAUGGACACCAUAUUCGUUAAGAACGUGAAAGAAAACGGUCCAGCCCAUCUGGCAGGCCUAUGCACAGGGGACAGGCUGGUGAAGGUGAAUGGAGAAAGUAUACUGGGGAAAACAUAUUCUCAGGUCAUAGCACUGAUUCAGAACAGUGAGAAUGUGCUGGAGUUGUCCAUUAUGCCAAAAGAUGAGGAUGUGAUACAGUUGGUAAGUGUGUAUUCUCAAGAUGCCUACUUGAGAGGAAAUGAGCCAUACACUGGAGAAGCCCAAAACCUUCCAGAACCUCCUUUAGUCUGCUUCCCAAACAGCAAACCCACCACUCCCCAGAAUCACGGUCUUCCUGACAACCUGAACUGUAAACCCAAUCCUCCUCUGGACAAACCCUCCUCUGGGAUCACAGGACAUUGCUCAGAGGGCUUAGGCACUCAGCGUGCAUCCCCCAGCCAUCAUCGACUGACUCACCACCGCGCCCGCUCCUCAUCUUCUGCAGGGAUUACUGUGAACCCGCUAGACUUCCAUUAUACCAACCACAAUGCGGCUAUUGCUUCUGCCACACUUCCACACCCUCGGAAAGGGAGUCUUCCCCAAGCCCGUAGUGAACUUUGCCACCAGGCACUAUCUGAUUGGUACUACAGCCAAGCAGAGCGCCCGGGUUUUUCCAUGUCCCAUCAACACCGGAGCAUUUCUCAAGACCGACUGUCUGAACUGGGAAGUUCUUAUGGUGGGUGGCCACACAGCGCUUCUCACGACACCCUUUCUCUUCAUUACAGCGCAGCCGAACACUCCCCGCAUACAGAUUUUUAUGGGCUGGGUAGAUGGGGUGCACCUGGGACUUCGGGACGUUCCUGCUCGGAGAAUUUACUGGCCGCUUAUGCUUCCUAUGAGCAUAGUUACGGCCGUUCGCUAGAAACUUUAGAAAAGGCUUCUGCUUUGAUCUCGCCCCGUUAUGAAAGAACUGCUUGGCCCCAUCAAAGCACUCAGCCUACGAGGGCAGAGGAGCACCCUGGCCUGGCCAAUCAUCGUGCGGUUAUUUCAACACUGCCAUCCUCGGGCCGUAUAGGACCUCAAAUACAGCAAGCCGCUCCGAUCAAACGUUUACCUGCACAGACUGUAGACGAUCAGACGGUGGGCUAUCGUAGCUACAGUCCCUCCUUCUGCCGAAAGGCCAGCCAUCUUAUGCAACAAUCUCACUCCUUUAGGGAUCCAUCCUACACCGGACCUCACCUAAACUGGACCCCCACCCCUAAAACCAGCCCGCCGGAGAGUGCGCCAUCCUCGGGGCGCGAGUCUUCUCUGUCACUGGUAGAACCCCAAGGCUCAACGAAAAUGGGCACAGGGGUUGGCGGUUUUGUAGACGAGCCUGUUCAGGCACAGAUUCAGGAGGUAGUGCUCAGACAAAAACCCCCUUCUGGCAGAAAGACCCCUCAUGGGGUGCGACAGCCCCAAUAUGGUCUACCUUUGGAUUCACCUGAAUCUUUUACAGCAAGAACUCCUGCCUCACGGUCAGAAGACGCUGUGCACCAAAGUAAUGGUGGUAUUGCACCCUUGCCUGUGGAGCAGGACUCCCUGGCUGCCAUACCCUUCAUAGAUGAGCCCACCAGUCCCAGUGUAGACCUGUGUGCCCGCCAUGUGCCAGCCUCCUCUGUGGUGUCCAGCAGCUUGUGCCAGGCGUCUGCCCACACCACCAGCCCCGUCUCUCCCAUCCUGUCCUCCCCCCUUCCCAGCCUCCUCUACACAGACUGCAGCUCCAAAUUUAACAGCUAUCAAGUGAAAUUUUUGCAAAUAUUACUAAUGGCUGGCAAUAUCAAAAACAGCCGUCGCUCCUCUUACUUGCUUGCCAUCACCACGGAGCGCUCCAAGUCAUGUGACGAGGGCUUAAACACCUUCAGGGAGGAGGGGCGUGUUUUCUCGCGACUACCAAAAAGGGUCAAAAGCUUUUUCGCAGAUGGGUCCCUGGAGAGUCUUCGAGUAGCGGAGGAAGCGCGAACUAAACGUCACUCAACCUCUGAACUAGGGAGAUUCACUCUCAGUGACAUCAAGAAAGACGGCUGGCUUCACUAUAAACAGAUACUUACAGAGAAAGGAAAGAAAGUGGGUGGCGGCAUGCGGCCAUGGAAACGCGUCUUCUCUGUGCUGCGCUCCAAUUCGCUCUUCCUCUACAAAGACAAAAGGGAGGCGGUGCUACACGCAGCUGGGGCGGGAAGUCACGGAAACGGGCAGGCGGAGGACGAGCAGCCAAUCAGCAUUCGCGGCUGCUUGAUUGACAUUGCUUACAGCGAGACAAAGCGCAAGCACACCUUGCGGCUGACGACGCAGGACUUCUGCGAGUAUCUUCUGCAGGCGGAGGACCGUGAUGACAUGCUGAGCUGGAUCAGAUACAUCAGAGAGAACAGCAAAACUGACACUGAGGAACUUGGUUUCUCCAGACAGGCUCUCAUCAAUAAGAAGCUAAAUGACUAUCGGAAACAGAGUCCAACAGGCAAUAAGCCAGACACCUCUCCCAGGAUCCAUCGUAUGAUGCCACCUUUCCUGCUCUCAAAGACUGAAAACACAGGAGUGAAUCGCUCCCCGGGGAAAGAUGAAAGUGCCCCCACUAAGGUUCCAUGGGGUAUUAACAUCAUGAAAAAAGGGAAGAAAACUGGUCCAAAAGCUUUUGGGGUUAGGUUGGAGGACUGCCCACCUGCUGCCAAUAAUAAGUUUGUACCACAGAUUGUGGAGACCUGCUGUCGUCUGGUGGAGGAGAUGGGUUUGGAAUAUACUGGCAUCUAUAGAGUGCCAGGAAACAAUGCCAUGGUGUCUUCCCUUCAGGACCAGCUCAAUAAGGGGAUGGAUAUAAACACUGCCGAAGAGAGAUGGCAAGACCUGAAUGUCAUCAGUAGUCUAUUGAAGUCCUUCUUCAGAAAGCUUCCAGAACCUCUCUUUACUGAUGAUAAAUAUAUUGACUUCAUAGAUGCCAACCGCAUAGAAGAUGCAGGGGACCGUUUGAAAACCAUGAGGAAAUUAACACGUGACCUUCCUGAUUACUACUAUCACACACUGAAGUUUCUGAUCGGUCACCUGAAAACAAUUGCGGAUAAUUCGGAGAAGAACAAGAUGGAGCCCAGGAACCUUGCUCUGGUGUUUGGCCCAACGCUGGUGCGGACCUCAGAAGACAACAUGACCGACAUGGUCACUCACAUGCCGGACCGCUAUAAGAUCAUAGAAACUCUCAUUUUACACCAUGUGUGGUUCUUCAGUGAUGAGCUGGAUAAGGACGAGAAGACACCAGAGGACCAGCAGGACAUACAGCCUGUUCCAAACAUUGACCAUCUACUGUCUAACAUUGGCAGGACGGUGCCACUGCCAGAUAACUCUGAUUCCACCAACAACGACUCAGCUAAAACUAAGGAAACUUCGACUUCCAAAAAAGACCCGAGUGCCAAGGACUUCCCCCUGUCAAUCAUAUCAGCUGUGACCCGGAAGAGAAAGAAACGCCAAAGCACCUGCCCCCCAGACAGCAGCGAUGAUGAAGACUCUGAGCAUGAGCCAAUCAAAGCCAGCAACUAUGAAGAGAUGUCUGAGGAAAAAGAGGUGAGAGAGAACGGACGCCCAUUGCAACAGGCAGAAGAAGAGACUGAGGAAGCAGGCGAGAUGGAGGGGAAACGAGAACAGGUUGGCGGAGAAGGUGAGCAAUUGAUGGAGGAGAAGAAGGUGGAGGAUGCGAUAGAUGUUUGUGAAAGGGAACAGACAGGUCAAAUUCGGUCUCGGCGACCUCGCAGCUUCUUAUAUUCGCACCACCAGAGCGCGUCAGGGCUCGGAGCCUCCUCGCAACCAACCACCUCCUCUUCCUCCACCUCCUCCAGCCCACCACAACCCUCAAACAUUCUCACCAGGAGAAAACUCAGAGGGGAAAGAGUGCGACCUCACUCCAUGUAUGUGGAGCAGAGCAGAGUCGUAGAGGAGCAGAGCUCCGGGCCGGUGCCUGCCUCUCAUACCCGCUCUCUCGGAUUCUCAAGAGUCAAAGCCUCUCUUGUUAGAGGUCAAGAGAGGCUCCGUCAAGCAGUGUCGCCCAGCAGGAGCAACAGGGAGCCCUCUCACCAGCAGGGCUGGAUGAGUCGAGAACAGGCCAAUGUUUUGGCCCCAGCCGACGGCUUAAGGGGUCAUCGCCAGCAGAGCUCACCGGAGACACGCAGAAGGAGAAGAGACUGGAGGCGUCACACAGUGUUGGUUAAUAUGCCUGCUGAGGGAUGAGCAUUAAGAAACUAUAAAAUGUCAAAACACAUGACCAAUCCUUUGCUAACCUCAGACCUGCACUGCUUUAAUCCUUUAUUCUUCCAUCAUCCUCCUGCACAAGAGGAGGGAUAAUAUGGCAGCUAAAGCCAAUGUCACAACCACCAUUCUCAUUUUUAAUAAUGUGCUUAAUAAUGGUCUUGUCCCCUGUUGUCACCUACUUUGAAAACACACCAUAAAUAAGAUAUCUAUGUGUUAAGAUAUGAUAUUCAAGUCAAACAUGCUUGCAAAUUUGAUGUUUUGCAGAAAAUAAAACAUGCUUGCAAAUUUGAUGUUUUGCAGAAAAUAUGGUCGAAAGUCUCUAAAAAUGAAUAGCAAUAAUGGCUAUGUUAGUGGAAAAUAGACAUGCAAUGAGAUUUCAUAACAGUCAUGCUCUAGUACCAACUCACUGUGCUCUCUCUCUCCUGCCUUUUUGGUAUGUUCACUCAAUAGGUCUGUGCUAUCUGUUAUUUUUUGUGGUCAAAAUAUGUGUCAAACGUCAGAUACCCUUGUGAUGUAAGUUCUCUUCAAUGUAUACUCAAUGUCAUUUUUUACACCCCCGUGCAUGUACAUAAAGUAUAUGAGUGAUGGUGUGGACCAACUUUUGUAACAAAUGUACAAAGCCUUGUUAAGUUAACCUCUGUGUACAAAUAAUGAAUAUGGUCAAAUAUAUUAUAUUUGUUUUCAA